AUGGCAAGGUUAAACAGGGUGUUCUACAUCGUUCGACUCAUCAUCCUUGGGCUGGCUUCGUUGUUCUCGCCUGUAACGCUGGCUUUAGCCGCGAGGAUCCUUUCGUUCUUUGGGGGGGUGCGAGGGGGCGGAAGAGAUCCCUGGGCCGGCAUGGCUCUCGCCGUAGCACUGUUCACCAAACUCGCUUCCAUCACCUCUUAUGUGACUGUCGCAGUUUUUGGCUCUACCACAUUCGUCAGCUGGACCGCCGUCGAGCUCAGUGUUCUCGGAUUCCUCUGGAUCCUCUGGAUCGCCUCUGCAGGAUGGACGACCACGAUCUUCAGGCCUGCCAACCUCGGCUCGUGCGGCCCCAACUCAGGGUACGUCAUCGCUGAGUACCAGGUCGUUGGAACAAUCACCAUGGCCGACGCGGAGGCAAUCUGUUCAUGGGUUGAGGCCAUCAUGGGCUGUUCAUGGAUCGCAUGGCUGCUACUCACCACACUCCUCGUAUGGGAAAUCGUCCUCCUGGUGUUUGCGCUCAGGGCGGGCCAUACGGGCAUAUGGACGAGCGCGUUGUGGAUGUAUGAUGCACGGGCACCGCCUGCGGAAUUCCAGAGCGGGAAAGGCUGGGCCACAUAUCCCAUGAGCGAGCAGGGCCAAGGUCAUACUGCCCCAAGUCACUUUGUUCCACAGCAUGCGUAUGUGCCUUUGCCAGCAGGAGGCAUGGGACAGGGUGGCGGAUAUGGGUACAGCGGUGGGACCAAUGUUGGGCGAGGGCAGUAUGGACAGCAACAGUAG